UGCACUUCCGCUAUGAAACGCAGCAAAUGUUUGCAUCGAGAUUCUAAACGAUUUAUUUUCUCUUUAAAUUGAUCUGGAUUUUGUCUUGUCAGAAUGUUACUGUUUUGUCCAACAUGUGGGAAUGUUUUAAUAGUCGAAGAAGGACAAAAAUGUCUUAGAUUCGCCUGUAACACUUGUCCAUAUGUGCACAACAUCACUAGAAAGGUAAACAACAGAAAAUAUCCCAAGUUAAAGGAGGUGGAUGAUGUUCUUGGUGGUGCUGCAGCGUGGGAGAACGUGGAUUCAACUGCAGAAACUUGCCCUAAGUGUGAGCAUCCCCGGGCCUAUUUCAUGCAGAUCCAAACCAGAUCAGCUGAUGAGCCGAUGACGACCUUCUACAAAUGUUGCAAUGCACAGUGUGGCCAUAGAUGGAGAGAUUGACUGUUUUGUUUUAUUGUGAGAGGUUUAAGUCAUUUUCUGAUUCUGCUCCAUCUCUUGAGAACUGCUUCCCUUAAAAUUAAUAUUAAGUUUGUUUGCCACUUCUCCAGUAUAAUAAACAUAAGAUAAU